AUGUCAGUACGGAUAAAAGGAGCUGCUAUUGUAGUGGCAACGCUCCUCAGCACCACGGUCCUCGCUCAUGAACAUCAUGAGGAUAAAAUAGAAGACGGCCAGGCCAUCUCGGCAGAACCAUUAGAUUCGAUUCUCUGGAUACACAUCUUAAUACAGUCGCUUGCUUGGGGGAUCAUUUUCCCCGUUGGUAUGGUUCUAGGCAUGAUACGAUCGAGAUGGCACGUUCCAGUGCAGACCUCCGGCUCGCUUCUUGCCAUCGUGGGCUACUUCCUUGGCCACAAGCACAAGGGUAGACAAUUCACCGCGAAUAUCCACGCCAACUUUGUACCCUACAUCAUGCUCAUGUUGAUCGCCCAAGUCGCCAUGGGCGUGUACUUGAAGCUUCACCUCGAGAAGGGCAUCAAUGGCAAAGUCCGAGGCAUCGUCGUCAAGGCCCACGGUGUAAUCGGCAAGUCUCUGCCGGUCGUGACCUGGGUCCAGUUUGUCUUCGGAGGCAUCACCGCCCUCGGCUUCUGCAGAGCCGACCAUACCGGCCAAUGUCUUGCUCACUUUAUCAUGGGUAGCGCUUUCAUUGCGUACGGCAUCCUCCUGAUCAUCCUACUUCUGGUUGGCCAACAGUGGCUGAAACGAACCGGGAGGAGCCAGGAAUUUUUCGACAGCCUUGUGAUCGCCGCAUGGGGCUGCGUCAACACGUUCACUGAACAUCGAUGGGGUAGUCCAUGGGUGCACAACGAUUUGCAGCACACGUCGAUGGGUAUAAUAUGGUGGGCCGCUGGGCUGGUCGGCGUGUGGCUAAGCCGCACAAGAGGUGGAAGACCAAAGAGGAACCUUAUACCAGGUCUUGUCGUCUUUGUGACAGGAUGGGCCAUGUCAGCGCAUUCGCAACAUCUGCCCAUAUCUACCAUGGUACAUGCCACGUUUGGAUACACUCUCAUGGCUGCAGGAGCUGCCAGGAUCAUCGAGAUCUCGUUCGUGCUCAAGGACCGCAGCUCGCUGAGGGCCGACGGUUCCGAUCCCAACAGUUUUCAGUACAUGACGCCGUUUCUCCUCAUGGCGGGUGGUUUCAUGUUCAUGGGUGCCACAGAAGAGCAGAUGCAGAUGCUCUCUGAUGCGAACAUCACACAUGUCUCAUAUGUUCUCAUACUCGUGAGCAUGGCCUUUUUACUAUUUCUUUUCGUCAAUAUGCUCAUCCAUCUUUAUGCCGUGCACGCAUGGGGUGAGGAUGUCAAAGCCGAUACAGAAGCACCACGAGCAAACGGAUUUGCGAACGGUCAUGUCGGCGGACACCCUGGUGGAUAUGCUGGAGGUGACUGCAUGUUUCGGGAUGCUGAGGAGUUCGAAUUGCAUGGUCUUGAUUCUGAUGAUGAAGACGACGAUAAGUCCGAGGCCAAGGAAAGGAUACCACUCGUUGCCCGCCAUUGA